AUGUCUUCUGAUCUACCCUAUCUCCAGGACAUGCCCGAAUCAGACGCAGAGACAGCACCAUCUCUUCCCUACGAAAACAGUAGCCCCGAGAAAGCGAAUGCUAAAACCGAGAGACCAGAUACAGAAGCGCGUUCUUCUACUGUGCAAAAUCAAGUCAGGGAACAGCUACCUCAAGAUGAAACAGCAGUGUUUCCUUGUUUCUGCUUGGUGAUUGCCGAUCCCAGUGAAGUAAUCACGACAGAAACUCUGAUCGAAGCUUUCCGUACACAUGAUGGUUUCCUUGAAGCAUGCCUGGCCACACAGGAAAAUAAUCCUGAUUUGACGCCCGGGUACAGCUAUAUCGCAUUCAAUACUGAAGAGAACGCGACGCAUGCAAUGCGAUGCUUGAAGACGAGGGACCCAGACACGAAGACCUACCUGAUGCAUGCAUGGACUAGCAAAGAAAUAAGUGACACGUUGGAGAUACCGCUUCUGAAACACUACCCUGGUGUUGAUUUAGAUAUCACUUUGCCUAUCAAGACUUCUUUUCAUGCUCGGGUGGAGGAGUUACCAAAGGCCGAUCCAAAGAACCGAGGCGAGUUUGCUCGAGCGCAUCUUCAGAUGUGGGACUCCCUGUUCAAAGACAAAGGACUCGAGUUCCAAAAGAAAGCCCCAGGAUACAUCUUGACCCGAAUUUUCAAGGAGAUUGACUUGAACAUUCUCGACAUUAGAGAGCUUCAACCAGGAUUCGAAGAGAUCAAGGACUUGCAUCCUUCGAAGACGGAUUCUCAAGAAAAGAGACGAAACAGACGACUUUACUUCGCUGCGAUAUCGGACCUUUCGGAGAACCUCGUUAUCCUCGAUACACUUGGAACAAAUCUUGAAGAAUAUCCACCGUUGCCAAAAUCGGAGAACAAACGCGCAGCUGAGAAGACAGCUCGGAUGCCAAAUGAGAGAAGGAAGUUGGACGACAACUUAGAUGGAGAUAGCAAGAGCGACAAGGCCAAGGUAAAUUACGCCACGAAUAGCCUUGAGGAAGGAGAAAUCGAGGAGGAGAGUCUGAGUAGCGACAACUUGGAGGACUUUGUAGAGACUGAUGUUGGUGAUUUCCUUCGUAAUGAGACGGAUAGUGAUUUCUUGGAGGAUGAGGAAAACCCUACCCUUGAUUAUGGCUAG